AGUUUCCUUUCAGCUCAAGUAUUGUUUUGGUCGUCCUCCUAAGCUAGGAGCCGUGCUCGUAUAUUGGUGUUUCCUUCUACAGCCACAUUACCUCUGUGACAGCUCAAGGAAAUGAAGAAGUUUUUUGAAGACAUUAAAAAGGACAUAAAAUUUAAAUCCGCGGGACCUGGUAAGAAGCUAACAGAGGACACCAGUUCCAAACCAGAACCGGUGCAGAGCAGCUCCACUGUUAAAAAUCGCCAUGUACCCAGUCAAGGAGCCCAGAUGGCUGGAGCUGCAGCCCUGGCCAGGAUUGAACAGCAGCAGCGGCCGAAGGUGCACACUUCCCACGACGCCAUCAGGAACCAGGUUAAAAGAGAGUUGGAGGCAGAGGCGGCUGCACUGGCUGAAAAAGAAAAGGCAGCUGCAGCAGAGGGAUCCAAAGUGAAAGAUCCUUCAUGUCUCUCAGUGUCUGGAGUGUAUUUUAUCUGUCCCUUAACUGGAGCCAUUUUAACUAAGAGUGACAGGGAAGUGCACAUUAAAGAGGCUAUUCUAAUGCGGUUUGAAGAGGAUGCGAUCGAGGCCUCUGUUAUGAUGAUCCACACAUUUAACAAAGACAGAGAUAAAGUGAAGGCUGCUGUGGACAUUAUAAGCAAGUAUGUUGAAAAUGUAUGUAAGAAUCCCACAGAAGAGAAAUACAGGAAGAUUAAAGUCAGUAAUAAGGUGUUCCAGGAGAAAGUCCGUUGUGUGGAAGGUACCAGAGAGUUCCUGGAGGCUCUGGGCUUCAUAAGUGCUAUGCUUCCAGUAGAGGGUCAAGAAGACGAGGAGUUCCUGGUCUUACCGGAACAGAGUCCUGACGCCCUGGAGUUAAUGAAGGAAAGAAGGGAUCGUCUUCAGAGAGGAGAGCCCGUCAGAGCUCAGCUGGACAGACAGCCUCAAGCCUUCAGAUCGUCUCCAAAUGCACAACGCUUCGAGCUGCCGCCGGAAUUCUACAACCUGACAGCAGAAGAGCUCAAAAAGGAGCAACAGCAGCGGAGUGAUUUAGUGGAGAAGAACUCCAUGUUGCGCACUAAGGCCAUGAGGGAGAGAGAGGAGCAGAGAGAGAGGAGGAAGUACAACUACACUCUGCUGAGGAUCAGGCUGCCUGAUGGAAACCUGCUACAAGGGACCUUUUAUGCCUGGGACCGGCUUCCUGUGCUCUUCACUUUUGUACGAGAGUCUCUAGUGGACGGUUGGCAGCCCUUUGAGCUGAUCGCACCCGGAGGUCAAAAACUUCAACAAUCUGAGGAAGUCGCCCUUGCAGAGUGCAAUUUGGUUCCUGCAGCUCUGCUAACGUUUGCCUGGGAUGCGGCUGUGCAGGCAGACAUCGCAGCCGCUGGUGGAAAAAGCCCAUCCCUCCUCAAACCCGAACUACUGGAAAAAAUUCAGACCCUGAGCUGAACAUCCAGACUCUAUCCCUGAACUGUCCCUCCCUGACACUACUGGGAUGAAUCUGCCCCUUUGCAAAUGCCUAGUGAUGUGUUUAUUUUUUACAAAAGCUAAAAGUUAAGGCAAGGGGAGGGGGGGGGCGGCGUUUUCACCCUAACGUUUUCCAAGUUUCCUCGUACCCCGCUCCCUCUGCCGUGGAGGAACGCCCCACAGUCUUGUCACCAACGGCGAGUAGAAAUCAGCCUGCGGAAGGAAGCGCUGUUAGGAAAAAGCACGGGAUGAGUGUUGUUUUUGUUGAGUUCUGAAUGUACAUGCUGCGUAGUAAACAGGCUGUCAGUCCUCUGCGCUCUUGCUAGGUUUUACUGUACAAGGCAUGUUGAGAGACCUUGUUUGAACUGUCAUCAUCUCCCACCUCGUUCCGUAAAAACAGACGGAUUAAACCGUACGUUCGAACCGCGCUGUCAUGGAAAAGAAAAUGAAGAAUAGAGCCAAGAAAGCUGUUCGCAUAAAACUGAGUGCACCUGGUUUAUUGGUGCUGGAGUGUAAGUCAGUGUUUAGUUCAGAUUUCAUGUAGCUCCGUUGCAGUUUAUAAACAUACAUUUGUCUUUUUUUUUUUUCCCCUGCUCUGCGUUAAUCUUGCACUGUUUUAUUCAGCAUAGUGUUGUUUUUUUGGUUGCACAGAUAAUUAAAGCAUCAAAUAGCAUGUUUCAUGUGCACAACCCCAGAUUUUGUCAAUGAAUGAAUGAAUGUUCAAAGCCCAAUCCUACAUUUAUCAGAUGUUUAUGUUGAAUAAUGUACACAGACUCUAAUGUACAUACAGACAAGGUCCCACUCGACAUGAUUUCAUCAGUUUAAAUGUGUUGUUGUGUUUUAGUUUGAAGCACUUUGAAGGUUAUUUAACAUUUGAUAAAAGGUGUUCAGUUGUGUCCUCAUACUCAGGACAGGGCUUUUGUUGUUUGAUGCUCACAGCAGAAGGUUCAUGUCAUCACUUCCAGCGCUCAUUUAGCUUUAGAAUUACUUAAGCUUCAAUCAAAAAGGGGUCUAGAUUUCAGGAUUUUAAGGUUGGAGAAUUUAAAAAAAAAAAAAAUUGAGAUAUGGUCAAACAGACUGAUGUGGAGACUUCAGAUGUUUAGAUGAAUCCUUCACAGGUUCACUAUGAAAUGACAUUUACUGCAGAAGCAUUUUGGCUCAAUACUAAUCUAUACAGAGGAAGUAAGAGUCAGAUUAAUGUGUAUGCUUUCUAGAGUUUAUGCUGACAGGUAGUUGUGUUGUCUCUUACACUUGUGGUUAUUAAAACAACAACCUACCUCUCAUGACUGACUUAUAAAUACAUCCCAUUUGAGUUGUAUACAAACACUAACAGAAGGAGGUCACUUCCCAGGCUAAACAGUAGUAUUCCUUGUCAGUGUCAGCCAGUUAACAUUUGUCACACGAGUUGGUUUCAUUUUGAGUCCGAGUUAUUUCAAAGACCAAGUUAUUUCUGCACUCCUCUGCCGACUGUCCGGUCCUACUCUAUCGAAGGGUGUAAAUGUUUUCUCAGCAGUGUUAAAUGAUUUGUGAGAAGUCGUGAUCAGUCCAAACAAUGUCUGAAUUGUGUUCUGUUGCUUUUAAUCUGCCUGUAAUCAAGAUCUCUAGCAUUGCAUCCUAACUUUUGUUCAAUAAACGGAAAAGCUAAAUCUGAACCCAGAAGGA